CGGUCCGGCGGCGGAAGUGCGCGGCCAGGUCUGGCUGUGCCCAGCUAGCAACAUGGUGGUGCCGGUGCUGGAGACCUCUCACGUGUUUUGCUGCCCGAACCGGGUGCGGGGCGCCCUGAGUUGGAGUUCUGGGCCGGGAGGGCUUUUGGCGUUCGGUACGUCCUGUUCCGUGGUGCUCUAUGACCCUCAGAAAAGAAUUGUCAUUACCAACCUGAAUGGUCACACUGCACGGGUUAAUUGUGUCCAGUGGAUUUGUAAACAGGAUGGUUCUCCUUCUACCGAGUUAGUUUCUGGAGGAUCUGAUAAUCAAGUGAUUCACUGGGAAAUAGAGAGUAAUCAGCUUAUAAAAGCUGUCUGUCUUCAUGGCCAUGAAGGACCUGUUAAUGCAGUUCAUGCUGUUUACCAGAGGAGGGCAUCAAAUGAUACUGCAUUACACACACUGAUAGUUUCUGCAGCUUCGGAUUCUACUGUUAGAGUCUGGUCUAAAGAGGGAUCUGAAGUGACAUGCCUGCAGACCUUGAACUUUGGAGAUGGAGUUACUCUGACUCUUUGCUUAUCUUUUUUGUCUGAUACUAAUGUACCAAUAUUAGCAUGUGGUGAUGAUGACUGCAAAAUACACUUAUUUGUUCAACAGAAUGAUCAGUUUCAGAAAGUUCUUUCUCUCUGUGGACAUGAAGAUUGGAUAAGAGGUGUAGAAUGGGCAACCUUUGGUAAAGAUCUUUUCCUAGCAAGCUGUUCACAAGAUUGCCUGAUACGAAUAUGGAAGCUGUAUAUAAAAUCGACAUCUCUAGAAACUCAAGAUGAUGAUAAUAUAAGACUGAAGGAAAAUACUUUUAUUAUAGAAAAUGAAAGUAUUAAAAUAGUAUUUGCAGUUACUCUGGAGACUGUGCUGGCUGGUCAUGAAAACUGGGUAAAUGCAGUUCAUUGGCAACCCUCAUUUUACAAAGAUGGUGUUCAACAGCAGCCAAUGAGAUUGUUGUCUGCUUCAAUGGAUAAAACCAUGAUUCUCUGGGCUCCAGAUGAAGAGUCAGGAGUUUGGCUAGAACAGGUUCGAGUAGGUGAAGUGGGUGGAAAUACUCUGGGAUUUUAUGAUUGCCAGUUCAAUGAAGAUGGCUCCAUGAUCAUUGCUCAUGCUUUCCAUGGAGCAUUGCACCUUUGGAAACAGAAUGCAGUUAAUUCAAGAGAGUGGACUCCAGAGAUUGUCAUUUCAGGACACUUUGAUGGUGUCCAAGACCUAAUAUGGGAUCCGGAAGGAGAAUUUAUCAUCACUGUUGGUACUGACCAGACAACUCGACUUUUUGCUCCAUGGAAGAGAAAAGGCCAAUCACAGGUAACUUGGCAUGAAAUUGCAAGGCCUCAGAUUCAUGGAUAUGACCUGAAAUGCUUGGCAAUGAUAAAUCGGUUUCAGUUUGUAUCUGGAGCAGAUGAGAAAGUUCUUCGAGUAUUUUCUGCGCCCCGGAAUUUUGUGGAAAAUUUUUGUGCCAUUACGAGCCAGUCACUGAAUCAUGUACUGUGUAAUCAAGAUGGUGAUCUUCCAGAAGGAGCUACUGUCCCUGCUUUGGGAUUAUCAAAUAAAGCUGUCUUUCAGGGAGAUAUAGCUUCUCAGCCUUCUGAGGAAGAGCAGCUGUUAACUAACACUGGUUUCGAGUAUCACCAGGUGACCUUUCAACCCUCUAUACUUACUGAACCUCCCACUGAGGAUCAUCUUCUGCAGAAUACUUUGUGGCCUGAAGUUCAAAAACUAUAUGGACAUGGUUAUGAAAUAUUUUGUGUUGCCUGUAACAAUUCAAAGACUCUGCUUGCCUCAGCUUGUAAGGCAGCAAAGAAAGAGCAUGCAGCUAUCAUUCUUUGGAAUACUGCUUCUUGGAAACAGGUGCAGAAUUUAGUUUUCCACAGCUUGACUGUGACACAGAUGGCCUUCUCUCCUAAUGACAAGUUUUUGCUAGCUGUUUCCAGAGAUCGAACCUGGUCACUGUGGAAAAGACAGGAUACACUCUCUCCCGAGUUAGACCCAAUUUUCAGCCUCUUCGCCUUCACCAACAAAAUCACUGCUGUGCACAGUCGAAUAAUUUGGUCUUGUGAUUGGAGUCCUGAUAGCAAGUAUUUCUUCACAGGGAGUCGGGACAAAAAGGUGGUUGCCUGGGGUGAGUGUGAUGCUAGCAAUGACUCCAUCGAACACAGCAUCGGGCCCUGUUCCUCUAUCCUGGACGUGGGUGGGGCUGUGACAGCCGUCAGCGUCUGCCCGGUGUUUAACCUCUCCCAACGAUAUAUUCUGGCAAUAGGAUUAGAGUGUGGAAAGAUUUGUUUAUACACCUGGAAAAAGACUGAUCAAAUUCCAGAAGUAAAUGACUGGACCCACUGUGUAGAGACAAGUCAAAGCCAAAGUCAUACACUGGCUAUCAAAAAAUUAUGCUGGAAGAAUUGUAAAGGAAAAACUGAACAGGAUGAAGGUGAAGGUGCUGAAUGGUUACACUUUGCAAGUUGUGGUGAAGAUCAUACUGUGAAGAUACACAAAGUUAACAGAUGUGCACUCUAGUGGACUUAAAAUAACUACAAGCAUGUAAUCAUUGGUGGUCCUAAAAUAUUUAUCAUGUAAAUAGAUAACCUUUCUUUACCUCAUACCU